AUGUUCCUCCAGCAGCAAGAUCAGCUCAUUGAAGCCCAGCCGGAGCCGACUGUGGGGGCUGGCGAGGUCAUCUUGAAGGAGGCGCGUGGCUCCUUUAGCCUGGGCCCAGUGAACCUCACUCUGAACGCGGGAGAUUUGUGCAUCGUCUGUGGUCCGGUGGGCUCUGGCAAAUCCACCCUGGUCCUCGGCCUCCUGGGCGAGCUGACCGCGUUGAGCGGCCACGUCAGCUGUGGCGGUCGGAAGGCGCUGAGCGGCCAAGAGCCCUGGAUCUUGUCCUCCUCAGUGAGGGACAACAUUUGCUGCUUUCGUCAGGACGAGCACUAUUCUGCAGCCCUGGAAGCAGCACAACUCCCAGUGGACUUGACGUCCCUCCCUGCUGGAGACGAGACAGAGAUUGGUGCGAAGGGCAUCAACAUCUCCGGUGGACAGAAGGCUCGCGUGGCGCUGGCGCGGAGUUUGAUGACGCCAAGCGACGUGGUGCUGUUGGACGAUGUGCUGAGUGCGGUGGAUGUGCACGUGGCCACUGCGCUGGUGCAGGAUGCACUGCUGGGCGCGUUGAAGGAGAGCACCCGAGUAGUGGUGGCCAACACCUUCCUACCCUUGCUGCUGCCCCAUGCCCAGCAGGUGCUGGUGCUUGAUGGCAAUGGUGGGGUCCAGGCUUGUGGACCUCCCAGCCAAGUUCAAGCAGAAUCUCCUUGGCUACAGGAGGCUCUAAAGACCAUGGGUUCCGUACCAGUGAAAAGUCGGGAAGACAUCACGGCUGCUCUCUCUGCCUUGGCGACUUCUGAAGGGCCAGAGAUGAAGGAUGGAGCGCAGAGGGAUGGCUCCCUGCUAAUUGCCGAAGACCGCAAUGUGGGAGUGUUGAGCUUCACAGCCUAUGCCUCCUACUUCCAACACGCGAGUUCUCGAGGAAGCUUCGCCGUUGGCGCUGUGCUCUUUGGAAUUGUCUUUUGUUUGGCGUUGCUAGCCGAAGCAGUUCGGACCUUUACCGAGAUUUGGGUCACCCUUUGGACCUCGACGGACGAACAGGAAGUCAUUUCACGGAGCGAUCUAGUCUUCUGGCUCACGGGCUAUGGAUGCAUCGUUCUGGCCGUGCUGGUCAUCGGAGUCACCCGCGCAGUGGUCUUCAGUCGCAUUGUGACCAAGAUUGGCUCCGGCACCUUCCAGUACAUGCUGCAGAAAGUACUGAAUGCCUCGGCUCCACUCUUUUUUGACGUGGUGCCUGCCGGGCGGAUCCUGAAUCGUUUCUCCAAGGACUUGGAUGCCAUGGAUACAUUACUUCCAGAAUGUAUGCAGGAGCUCCUAACCAGUUUCUCCUUUGUCGUUUCCAGCAUCGUGAUGUGCAGCAUGGCAUCUACCUACGCUUUGGCUGGGCUCAUCCCCUUGUGUUUGAUGUUCGCUUACAUCCGCAGAUACUACACUGCCAGUUUCCGAGAACUGCAAAGAAUGGAAUCUGUUUCCAGGAGUCCACUCUAUGUGCACUUCUCGGAAGUUCUGGCUGGGCUGGUUCACAUUCGGGCCUUUGGUCUGCAGAAGCGACUUCAGGAGAGCUUCUACGCUAAAAUUGAUCAGAACAGCAGGAUGUAUUUUCACAUGCAUGCCUUGGUGCCCUUCUUAGUCUAUCGUGUGAACUUUUUGGCCGCCAGCUUCAUUGGCAUCAUGACGCUGAUUGUGAUUUUGUUCCACCAUCAGCUGGAUGCCUCUUUGGCUGGACUCGCUCUCUCAGCCUCUGCCGGGCUUGUGGGUCGGCUCCAUUUGACCGUGAAGACCUCCGCUGAUGUGGAGAGCAACUUCACCUCAGUCGAGCGCCUGCAACACUUCAAGAACGUCCAGCAGGAGGCCUCCAAGGAGGCGAAGAUCACAGCUUGGCCCAGCAAAGGCAAAGUGGUCUUCGAAAAUGUGCAGCUGAGAUAUCGACCCCACCUCCCCUUGGUGCUGCGCGGUGUCUCCUUCAGCAUCAGUCCUGGGCAACGCGUGGGCUUGGUGGGGCGUACCGGCUCAGGCAAGUCGACACUGAUGCUCGCCUUUCUGCGGUUGGUUGAACUGUCAGGAGGCCGCGUGCUCCUGGACGACCAAGACAUCUCACACGUGCCGCUGAAACUUUUGCGCGGCCAUGCGGUGUCCAUCAUCCCGCAGGAUCCCUUCCUUUUCGCCGGGAACCUGCGUGACAACCUGGACCCCUUCGGCAUGUCCCAGCCUUCCCAGCAUUUGGAAGCCUUGAAGAGAGCCGGCUUAGAGGAUCUUCCGUUGGACACGGUGGUGCACAGCCGCGGUUCGAACUUCUCAGUGGGCCAACGCCAGUUGCUUUGCUUUGCACGCGCUUUGCUCAGACAGGCGCCUGUGGUGUUGCUGGAUGAAGCCACGGCCAACAUCGAUGCCUUGACGGACGCCAAAGUGCAACAGACGCUUCGCACCUCCUUCAGCGGAUCGACGCUUCUGGUCAUCGCCCACCGGUUGUCCACUGUGGCGGAUUCGGAUCUCCUGGUUUGUCUCAGCAAGGGCGAGGUGGCCGAGGUGGGUUCUCCCGAGGAACUGAAGAUGAAGGGCGGCGUGGUGGCCAAGAUGUUUGCAGAUGCAGGAGAGACCAUGCCUGGCACACGAAUGGGGCCUUGCGCCACCAAUCGGUACAAGCCAUUGGAACGCCGCAAGUCGCAUAGGAAUUGCCUCGCCCCAGAUGCGGAUUCUGGCCGCGCUGAGCUGCUCCAUUCCGUGCCGUGGUGCGUGCUUGGGCUGAAACCCUUGGAAGCUCAAAGCCGAAAGUCCUUUUGCAACACUGAGAAUUGCACCAACAAGAAUGAUGAUAAUAAUGCAAUGUGUCGGCCGUAUCUUUUCAGCGACGAUCUCUAUGUCGACGAUGGUCGUUUCAUCGAUUCCACGUUUCCACCGCUGGAGUCCUCGCUGGGUGAGGCGAAAGCCGGUCGUCUCUUCAUCACCCAGGAUCAGCGCGCCAAGACACGAUGGAUUCGCCUGCCAGACCCUCGCGCCGCGGCUUACAACGCGGCCAUGGCGUUGUCCCAGGCGCCCUUUUAUUUCUUUGCUGGCGUUGCUCUGAUCUUUGCAGGGAACAAGCUUGGAUCUUUUUCCCUGGAGGGCUCCCCUUUGGACCUCUUCGGAGACCGGGAUGCGGAACGUGCUGCUCCAGAUGCCACUGCCUGGGACACCUUGACGCAGAUUCUGAAAGGAUGGGAGUUCACCAGCGAAUACGCAGUGGUGGUGGGUGACAACCGUGGCCGGCUCUUUACUUAUGAAGGUGGAAACUUCACCUUAAAGACUAAGAUCCCCACGGGCAGCACCAGCAAGUGGCCGUCCGCCAUGAUGUUCGCGGGCCUGGUGCACGAUGGAACCGUGAGUUCACUGGACGAUCCAGUGAACAAAUACCUGGAUUGGUGGACCAAAGAUCCAAGUGACCUCCGAUCCACGGUCACCUUUCGGAUGCUGUUGACCUUCACCAGCGGCUUCGGGGGCGGCCACCCCGGCGAGGAGCCCAACACCCGGGCGGCGCGCCGCUGGCGCCAGGAGCACCUGGGCGACGCCGCGGCGGUGCAGCGCCGUUUGGAAGCCAAACCCUGCGACAAAAAGUCGGGUGAUGUGGUGAGCUGUGCCAAAAGCAUCUACGAAAAUGUGAAACUCGUUGGGAAACCAGGGCAAGUCUACUCCUACAACUCCAAUCACUUGCAGCUGGCUGCCGCCGUGGCCGUCAGCAGCAGCAAGUUGGACAUUCAGCAGGUGAUUCAGAAGUACUUGGUUGAAGCUUUUGAUAUGAGGGAGAGUUCCUAUCCAGGACCCUGCCCGGAUUUUGGCACCGACCUUUUCACUACAGGCCUGGACUACGAAAAGUUCAUGGCCGGGCUGCUGAGCUACAAGACCUACAGCAAGGAACUCAUCGAUGCAUCGGAGGCAGAUGCCACACCAUUCCUGAAGGACGACUAUACCCUUUAUGGCGACUAUGCCUUUGGGCACUUCCUCAUGUGCUUCGAUUCCGUGAAGGGCUUCACCAAGGAAUGUCAAGAAGCCCAGUGCCAUAUGGACCCUGGAGCUUACGGCUUCAUUCCUUUGUAUGACCGAAAGCUGAAGUACUACAUGCAGGUCGUGGCUGCAGAGACGCCACCCACAGGCUUUUACCCCUUGAGUGGCAUCCCUGAGUAUUUGGCCGUGGCCAUCAAACCCCACAUCGACGCCAUCCUCACUGGUCAAGUGGCUAGCAACCCAAUGGAGCAGAUGUCGCACAAUCCCAAGUUCUUGACCCUGAGCAUGUCUGACGUGAACUAUUGCUUGGAUUGCAAGCUGCACCCCAAGAAUUGCAGCUGA